CCGGAAAAGGGAACAUGCGCUGUGUCACUUCGUACACCUUCCGUGCUCCUUUCCUCGGCUUCUCCCUUCAUAGCGGCUUAUCGCUUCCACACGUGUAGUCUUUCCUAUGUGAAUCUCCCUCUCCUGAAUCCACGUGUGUGAAGCCAGAGAAACCUGCAACCAUGGGGGCUUAUCUGUCGCAACCGAACACGACCAAAACCUCCUCAGAUGGCGGCAACAGCACCAUGAGCUACGGCUUCUCUGCUAUGCAGGGCUGGCGUGUUUCCAUGGAGGAUGCACACAAUUGUAUCCCAGAUUUUGAUGAGAAGACCGCCAUGUUUUCUGUCUAUGAUGGUCAUGGAGGAGAAGAGGUGGCUCUCUACUGCUCAAAGUACCUUCCGGAUGUCAUCAAGGAGCAGAAGACCUACAAAGAUGGCAAACUACAGAAGGCACUGGAGGAUGCUUUCUUGGCCAUCGACUGCAGGAUCACCACAGAAGAUGUCAUCAAGGAGCUGGUGCAGAUCGCCGGGCGUCCCAUCGAAGAGCCGCCCACUAAAAAAGUGGCAGACGAGGAUGAUGUGGACACAGAAGAGGCUGCUUUACUCCAUGAGGAGGCCACUAUGACCAUCGAGGAACUGCUCCUCCGUUAUGGACAGAAUAAAAAUGCUAACAAGCCAGCCACUGCUGGCGGCGCAACUGUUAAAAUGGCACCGGGCCAGUCUCUGGAAGCCUCUGUACACAAGGGGGAAGGUGAGGAAGGGCCAAAGAAGGAGGAGGCUGUGAACGGAGAGGUGGAAGAGGAGACCAACGGAACAAAGGACGGCGACGGAACGAAGGACGGCAACGGAACGAAGGACGGCAACGGAACGAAGGACGGCAACGGAACGAAGGACGGCAUCGGAACUAAGGGCGGCAAUAGAACGAAGGAUGGCAACGGAGCAGACUGUGGGUCCAAGCUGCGGGCGUGCCGCCGAAGGAUUAGUGAUGAAGGCUGCGGCUCUGCAACUGACUGCGACGGCUCGGGGGGCUCCAAUGGCGAAGAAAAGGCCGCUAUUGCAGAGGUCGACGCAGGACCCUCGUGUUCGUCGUCCUCCAAAACCGAAGGCGAUUCCAAGUCCAAAUUCUUUGAUGACAGUGAAGAGUCUGAACCGGAGGGGGAAGAAGAAGAGGAGGAAGAGGUGGCAAGUGAUGAAGAGGGCGGCAGUGAAGAAGGGGAGGAGGCUGACAGCAGUGACCCAGAAGAAGAGGAUACUGAAGAGGGGGAGGAAGACUCAGAGGAUGAAGAUGAGACAGAAAUGAGUCUACCUGGGAUGGACGGCAAGGAGGAGCCUGGCUCAGAUAGCGGCACCACUGCCGUUGUGGCUCUGAUCCGAGGCAAACAGCUGAUUGUGGCCAACGCAGGAGACUCCCGCUGCGUGGUCUCCGAGCGAGGGAAAGCUGUGGAUAUGUCUUACGACCACAAGCCCGAGGAUUGGGUGGAGCUGUCUCGCAUUAAAAAGGCCGGGGGCAAAGUGACCGUGGACGGACGGGUCAAUGGUGGUCUGAACCUUUCCAGAGCCAUCGGUGAUCAUUUCUACAAGAGGAACAAGGUUCUGCCCCCAGAGGAGCAGAUGAUUUCAGCCAUGCCCGACGUGAACGUUCUGACACUCAAUGAUGACCAUGACUUCAUGGUCAUCGCCUGCGACGGCAUCUGGAAUGUGUUGAGCAGUCAGGAGGUGGUCGAUUUCAUCAGCGAGAGGAUCAAGCCAGAUCAGAGCGGCAGCGCCAGACCUCUUUCGUCCAUUGUGGAGGAGCUGUUGGACCAUUGCUUGGCCCCAGACACAUCUGGAGAUGGGACAGGGUGCGACAACAUGACCUGCAUGAUCAUCACCUUCCGACCACACCCCUGCCACGCUCAGACCCUGUCAGAUGACACGAAGAAGCGGAAGCACCCGGAGGGAGAGGAGAAUAAGGCGGAGGGAGGAGCCAAGCCCGAGAACAACGGGAAUGACAACAAAAAGCCCAAAAGUGACCAAAAGUAAAGAGGAACUCUUUGGGUGCGCCAAGCAGCUGGUCCACCAGAAUUGAAGUCCUGACCUCACAUGAUGCUCACUUUCACCAUGCAGCAGAAGGUUUUCUGUUUUAGGUGGAUCCUCACUUUACACUCACCCUUUCAGUUGUUUCUGUCCUUCGCUCAUAUCAGAAAGACCCCCCCUUCCCCAACAUACACACACACACACACACACACUCCCCCCCUCACUAAUGACUGGCACCUAGAGCAGCUCAUCUUUUCCCAAGCUACAUUUGUAGAACGCGUUCCUGACUUUUUCCAAACCCUUUUCUCUACCUGGCUUUUUCACACUUUAUUUUUCAUGGGAGUUUCCCCAAGACCUGCACAAUGCUCCUUGGGUGUUAUGAAAUACUUGACGCCUCCGCCAAGUGCCAUAAAAGUUGUGAUUUAUAUCUAUUUGUACAUCUUUAGACUGUCUGGAGGCAGAGCUUAGAGGCCAAGUUUGCCGUCACAGGCAGUGAUGAGACCAAAUGCGUGUUUUGGGUUUAGCACUGCAUUGCAUUUCUCCGCCCCUUCUUUUUCUUCAUUCCUACAAAUGUUCAUUGUUUAAAUGAAUUUCUGGAAGAAUUUUGUUUAUCUCCCAAAACAUUAGACGUCCAUCCAGACAUUCAUUAUAUCUCUGUUUUCAAUAUAAUUUUUUUUAGAAUAGGAUUUAUUUUAAGUGAAGGCCAUUUGUGCCCAAAUAACAGUAGCUCUAAGAUUUUUGUGAUCUGCAGAGGCGAAGUUUGUUUUUGAGUGGUACAAUUUGGAUUCAGUUUUCCCAUGGUUCUCUGACUCACCCACAUCGCUCAUUGUGACUUGAAGUUGGGGUCUCACAGUUCCCUUUUGUACAUAGUUUUCUUCCCUCCAGUCCUUGUACGUGAAGAUAAAAAUCACUUUUUCUUUGUAAUUGUAAGUCAGUGUAACAUUUUUGGUGCAUUCUCUUUUGACACCAGUAUGUAAGUACAUUCAAAUAAAUUUUUUUAAAUAAGCAAAA